CCCCAUACUCAAGAUGUCCGUUUGCCCGGCCUCUUCCGCAUGGGGCCCUGCUGUCGUCAGACGGCGUCCCCCGGGCGCGUCCUAAGAGGGAGGCGCUCCGAAGUUGAAGAGCAGGCAGGAUGCUGAGCCGGCUGCAGGAACUCCGCAAGGAAGAGGAGACGCUGCUGCGAGUCAAGGCGGCGCUGCACGACCAGCUCAAUCGAUUAAAGGUUGAAGAGCUGGCUCUUCAGUCAAUUAUUAGCUCCAGAGAAGGGGAAAGAAUGACCCAUCUUUCGCCUCCAACUAAGGAACCAGAAAAUAUCUUGGUGCAGGUAGACAAUGAAACUUCCAUCAAUCAAACUGAAUUACAGCUAAGCACAAGAAAUCAUGCUCAAGAAGAGGAAGAAGAGGAAGAAGAAUCUGAUUCCUAAAGGAGAAAGGGGAAAAUCAAGAUUAGUUAUUUAUCUAAGUUAAUUUUAAGAUUCAGGAAUUUUCCUUCAGUAUCUACCACAGGGUAGGAAAUUCAAGGAUCUAUAUUUUACCAUUGGAAAAAAAAAGGUCAAGUUCAUAUUAAGUUAAUUGAUUCAUAUACACACUAGAGAUAAAACUUCAUAUGAUGUUAUAUGGAAGUAUUUGUGUAUUUGUAAUCAGAAAAAAUUAAAUGUAAACCAGCCUUUAACAUUUUUCUUACUAUGCCUUUAAAAGGGAGUUACAAUAUGCCUUUAUU